AAAUACUUUAUGUGAUGCAAAGUCAUGGUAUUAUUUUUCACGUUUGUUGUUGCAAUCUUCCUACCCAUAUAGAGGUCCUGAGAAAUUUUCAUUUAACAUUUCAUAGAAAAAAAGAACUUGAUGGGUUUCCUCACCGAAUCCUCGGAUCAAAUUACACAAGAAGGAGAAGAAGCUAAUGUUGGAACUGAGAAUCAACCAAGAGCAACAUCAAAUUCAAUAACUCUUGAUCGGCAACAAACUAUCAAGACACGUAACUGGUGGAUCUGGAUCUUUGUCUGUUCGGGUUUGGUCGUAACAGGACGAAUUUUCUCCAUACUUCUUAUCAACUUCUACUUUGUCCAAACAGGACGAGAUGUUUGUGACGACCCAAAACAAUUUAAAGGCACAUGGCUUCAGUCUAUGAUCCAAAACGCUGCGUUUCCAUUGACAGCCUUCUUUGUCCUCUUAUGGCGUUCUUUAUCUUCUAACCAUAGAGAAACUCUCUCUUCGUCUUCUUUUUGCAAACACUUUCUUCUUUACAUCUCUCUCGGCAUCCUCUUUGCUGCUUAUAGCCAACUUUAUGCAAUUGGAAGAACACAUUGCAUAUUCUUCUUUUGGAUCUUUACAACACAAUUGAUCUUCACUUCCAUGUUUACAGCAAUUAUCAACAAACACAAAUUCAACCGUUGGAUCAUAUUAUCCAUCAUAAUUUCUGGAGUAGCCACAGGUAUUACAUCGUCAGAUGAUGCCUAUAUUCCCUGUGAAGGUGAAGGCUACAAAAUGAGUUACGGUGCGUGGUGUGGCUUCUUUGGCACGGUUGCCUUCUCUUUAUCUCUAUGUAUCAUGCAAUUAGGAUUUGAAAAGGUCAUACCGAAGACAGGGAGUAGAGUUUCGGCGGUGAUGUUGAUGCAAACCUACCCUUCUAUGAUUGCAACGGUUAUAUGUUUGGUUGGACUAUUCGUAAGCGGUGAAUUCAGAGACAUCAAAGAAGAUUAUGAGACGUUUAAGCAAGGGAAACCACUUUACGUUUUAUCUCUAAUUGGGUUAUCACUUGCGUGGCAAGUGAUGUCUAUAGGGCUUGUGGGGCUUGUGUGUUUGGCCUCUACUCUUUUCUCUAAUGUUGUCAGUUUCUGCGCAACGCCUUUAGCGAACAUUCUCGUUGUGGUGGCGUUUCGGUUUAUGGAUGAUGAUAUUGAAUGGUUUAAGGGUGGAGCUUUGUUAGCUGGGAUACUUGGCUUUGCAUCUUAUGUAUAUUCCUUGUACAAGUCUGUUAAGAAAAGAGCAAGCCAAAGUGAAACGCUGAGAGUAUGAUCUACGAGUGCUAUAUAUGUAUUAUGAUGCUAUUUAGUUCUCUAAGUAACCCCAUUAUAUUUUUUCCUUUGCCAGUGUUUUGCUAUAUUUGAUUUAAAGUGUUGAUUUUACACGUUUUCGACUUGGACAUCCCACUCAUUCAUCACUGUUAACCCUUACAAUCACAAAACGUUUAGUUUUUUUUUUUUCU